AUGAACCAGUUCAGCUUCGGGGCGGCCGCGCCCGGCGGCGCCUUCAACCUGGGCGCGCCCCGAGCCGCCGCCGCCACCACCGCGGCCACCAGCAGCUUCUCCUUCUCCGCGCCCGCGCCCGCCGCCGCCUCCAGCGGCUUCAGCUUCGGCAGCGCGGCGCCGGCGGCGGGCGGCAGCCAGCCCGCCGGGCUCUUCUCCUUCAGCAAGCCGGGCACGGCCGCACAGCCCUCCGGCUUCAGCUUCGGCUCGGCCAGCGCGGCCCCCGCGGCCCCGGCGGCCGCCGCCUUCCCGCUGGGGGCAAACACCCCAAAAGUGAGCUUUGGAGCCAGCACUGCCACUUCAACUCCUGGAAUCACGGGAGGCUUUUCUUUUGGUGCCCCUGCCGCAACCAGCACACCCUCGAGUCAGGCAGCAGCCCCGUCUGGCUUUACCUUUGGCUCUGCUGGCACCAGCACCACCAGCACGGCUCCGUCUGGGACGACAGGAGGCUUCACCUUCUCCAGUGGCACCACGACUCAGGCGGGAACAGCCGGCUUCGGCAUCGGCACCGCGGCUCCGCAGGCGACGUCCGCAGGGCUGACCUUUGGCACGGCCCCUGCGGCUGCUGCCACCACCAGCACGGCCACCCUGGGAGCUGCCACCCCGGCAGCAGCGCCCUUCAGCCUUGGGGGACAGCCCACAGGUCUAACCUUUGCGGCACUGCCUUCAACAGCAGCCACCAGUACAACCACGGCCACGCUGACCACGAGUACCAGCCAGGCACCCACCCUGUCCUUUGGAACCAAGCUUGGAGUCGCAUCCACAGCUGCCACCACAGCCUCCACCACCAGCACCACCUCAGUGCUGGGCUCCACGGGGCCCUCUUUGUUUGCGUCUGUGGCCACUUCUUCAGCCUCCACCUCCACCUCCACCACCACCACGGGCCUCUCACUUGGUGCCACUUCCACUGGUUCCACCGGGACAGCCCCUCUGGGGACACUUGGCUUUGGAUUGAAAGUUCCUGGAACAACAGCUGCCACAACAAGCACAGCCACUGGGACUACUUCUGCUUCUGGCUUUGCUUUGAAUCUGAAGCCAUUGACUACAACUGGUGCCAUUGGAGCUGUCACCUCCACAGCUGCCAUAACCACAACCACCACAACCAGUGCCCCCCCAGUGAUGACUUAUGCCCAGCUGGAGAGUUUGAUAAACAAGUGGAGCCUGGAACUGGAAGACCAAGAGAAGCACUUCCUCCAUCAAGCUACACAAGUUAAUGCCUGGGAUCGGAUGCUGAUAGAGAAUGGAGAGAAGAUUACUUCAUUACACAGAGAAGUAGAGAAGGUGAAGGUUGAUCAGAAGAGACUGGAUCAGGAACUGGACUUCAUUCUGUCCCAGCAGAAGGAGCUGGAGGACUUGCUGACCCCUCUGGAGGAGUCUGUAAAGGAGCAGAGCGGGACCAUCUACCUGCAGCACGCAGAUGAGGAACGGGAGAGGACCUACAAACUGGCUGAAAACAUCGAUGCUCAGCUGAAGCGCAUGGCACAAGAUCUGAAGGACAUCAUUGAUCACUUGAACACAUCAGGAGGCCCAGCAGACACGAGUGACCCGCUUCAGCAGAUCUGUAAAAUUCUGAAUGCACAUAUGGAUUCCCUACAGUGGAUUGACCAGAACUCAGCUGUUCUGCAGAGAAAGGUGGAAGAGGUGACAAAGGUUUGUGAGAGUCGCCGCAAGGAGCAGGAGCGCAGCUUUCGGAUCACCUUUGAUUGAAAAGAUGAACAUAAAAUCUCCACAGAAAACACAAGUGUUUGAGGUCUGAAAUGAUGACCUGGCUUUGUUUCUUUUCUUAGAAUAAAAUAUGUUGUUUGUUCCAAAAACA